UAUUUGUAUCAAAUAUCGGUAAGUCGGGAUACCCAAAUAUGGCGUGGCUUGAUUCCCCUGUAAUAGAGUUGGGUUUUUCAAUCAUCUUCCUCUGGAUUAUAUACAGACUUGUGACAAAAAAUAAGAGCAAGAGCAACAAGCGAGAGUUGGGAUUGCCAUGGCCUCUCGUAGGCAAUCUCCAUCUUUUGGGAAGCCUUCCUCACAAAGCUCUAGCUAAGCUCGCAACCAAGUACGGGCCAAUCAUGUUCCUACGCCUGGGCUCGGUGCCCACGGUCGUGGUCUCAUCUCCUGCCAUGGCCAGAGAAUUUCUUAACACCCGUGAUUUGAUCUUCGCCAACAGGCCACCUACAUCGGCGGGCAAGUACAUGGCCUACGACAGCAGAGACGUGGCGCAAGCCCCUUACGGAGAGUACUGGCGGCAGAUCAGAAAGUUGUGCACAAUCGAAUUGCUAUCGGCCAAGAGAACGGAGUCAUACAGGUGGGUGAGGGAGGAAGAAGUGUCCGCCAUGGUCAGAUCUGUGCGGGAGGAGACCCAGCACGGCAUGCGCUUCGUUAAUCUGAGGAAGCACAUCUGCUCCGUCUUACUCAACACAGUAUGCAGAAUGUUUGCAGGGAGAAGUUACUCCCACCAUCAUCUGAGCGGAGGGCAGGAGUUUUCACAGAUGGUGGAUGAGAUUAUGCAUCUGGCGGGAGUAAUUGUUCCGGGAGACUUUAUUCCCUCUCUUGCUUUUCUCGAUUGGGGAGGCUACUGUCGCCGCAUGCAGGCCAUCAAUAAAGUAUUCGAUGAGUUUGCUGAGAAGCUCAUCGAUGAGCACAGUAAGCGAAGAAGGACGAAAAAGUCCGAAGAACCGGACAUUGUGGACGUGAUGCUGGACAUGGCUGAGAUCGGAAGUGCCGAGAUACAGCUCUCUCGGGUUCACAUCAAAGCAAUCAUCAUGGAUAUGUUAAUUGCUGGAGUAGAGACAUCUACCACAACUAUAGAAUGGGCAAUGACUGAGCUGUUGAGAAACCCUCAAGCAAUGUCAAAGGCACAACAAGAGAUUGAAUUAAAGGUUGGAAGAGAUCGUAUCGUAAGAGAGAGUGAUCUGGUAAGAUUAGACUACUUGCGAUGUGUUGUGAAGGUAACACUUCGACUACAUUCACCAGCGCCCUUGCUCAUGGCACACGAGUCCACCCAGGGUUGCAAUGUUGGAGGAUACCACAUUCCACCAAAAACAAGGUUAUUUGUGAAUGUUUGGGCAAUCGGAAGGGAUGAAAGAGUUUGGGAAGAUCCUUUAGAAUUCAAGCCCGAGAGAUUUACCGGGUCAAGCAUAGAUGUGAAUGGCCACCACUUCGAAUUGCUGUCUUUCGGAGCAGGAAGGAGAGGAUGCCCUGGGAUUUACAUGGGGCUUUCUUCUGUUUACUUGGUUGUGGCUCAGCUCAUACAUUGUUUUCAUUGGAAUGUGGAGGGCGAUUUGGAUAGGGAGGAAAUGUUUGGAUUGACUCUACCAAAGAAGUUUCCUCUCUCUGCUUUUCCCUCCUGGAGGCUCUCCAUCGACGAUCCAGCAUAAUGUUACAUGUACGGUUGGGAGAAAAUGUACUAGUAUAGACAUAUAGUCAGUCAUCUUGUCAUUGUAAUUCCACAUUUAUGUGGAAGGUUAGAUUUACAGUCAGCAAUCUUGUCACUGUAAUUCUACAUUAAUGUGGAAGGUUAGAUUAACUAUAGAUAGAGACAUAUAGUGAGUCAUCUUAUCAUUGUAAUUGCAUCUUAAUGUGGAAGGUUAGGUUAGGCCCUCCAUAUUUAUGUGGAAAGUUAUGUGAGGCAUUUCUUCUUGUUGGUUUGUUAAAUAAAAUUAUUGUAAUAGCAUCAAGGUCCUGCCUCUAGUUGUUGGUUAAUUACUAGUACAGACAUCUUGCCAUUGUAAUUGCACAUUCAUGUGGAAGGUUAGGUUAGGCCCUCCAUGUUUAUGUGAAAAGUUAGGUGCGACCUUGCUUCUUAUUGUUGGUUUAGUAA